AUGGUGCACGGUCUGCUAUUUCUACCCGUCCUUCUCAUAAUCAUUAUUCCAGAAAAGAGGGAGAGACAAGGAAAAAGGGUGCAGGACAAGCCAAAAGCAAUAUUUACAUGUGACAGUCAAUCCGAAUUAAAGAAGAAGGACAUUUUUGAAAGCCGAAAUUCAUAUUCCGUAGAGCAUAUCGCAAAUGAUCGAAAAGUGUCAUCGAUAGUGGAAAUUCCGGUCGCGCAAGCAAAGGAUGAACCGUCAGACGAGGACGUCGUGAAAGCUACCGUUGAUAGGCUUACCGGCAAAGUUCUUACUCCUGAGGAUCAGUCUCAGGUGUAA